UCCAGCCAAAAGAUGUUUGUGGAUGUGCCGGCCGGUGGCCAGGGAGGCGUGUCCCCGCAGGAAGUGCUGCCGCUGCGCUGUCAGGCGUGGGCGUACUGUGACCCCAGCACAACGCCCAGCCGAGGGAGGAAGGCCGACCUACUUCUGCCAGCCGCUGAUACGGGGCCUCUAGCCAAACCUUUACUAGACUCGUUCAGUUUCAUCAGCUUCCUAGACACGACAGAUGUGGGAGUGGCAGAUGAGACGGUUGUGGAGGCGGCCGUGCACACGCUGGUCUCGUGGUCGGAGGCAGGUUGUGAUGUCAUCGAGGAGCCGGACGUGUUGCAGGUGCAGGAUAUAGAGCAGCUCCUGUCCAUGGCCCGUGCGACAGAGCCAGAGAUGACGGUGGAGGCAGAGAUGUUGCUUCACAACUACUACACGGCGUGCCGCAUGGCGCGCAGUUCGGGUCUCUCAGGCUCUGACGUGCCCACCUCGGCCAUACACGCGCUGACGUCUCUGGCCGUUGGGUUUGCCAAGCUGAAGCUGUCGUCUGUGGUGAGGGAGGAGGACGCUGUGAUGGCCAUCUACCUGUACGAGGAAUGUCUCACCGCAAGAUUCGGUUUGUCGGUGCUACAAGUCCAGCCACAGCCUCACAUCCCUGAGAGCCAGCUGCCACAGUUUCUGGGCAAAGAGCUAGACCUGCUCCUACAACAUCUCCACAUACAGCUGCUCCGCUUCUGCUCACAGGUCGUUCAGUCCAGGUGUGUCAAGACGGAGGAAUAGAUAGACAGAGGAAUAGAUAGACAGAGGAAUAGAUAGACAGAGGAAUAAACAGACAGAGGAAUAGAUAGACAGAGGAAUACAUUGCUCAAAGAUUGCACAGUCCAGGUGUGUCAAGACAGAGGAAUAGAUAGACAGAGGAAUAGAUAGACAGAGGAAUAGACAGAGGAAUAAACAGACGGAGGAAUAAAUAGACAGAGGAAUAGAUAGACAGAGGAAUAAACAGACGGAGAAAUAAAUAGACAGAAGAAUAAACAGACAGAGGAAUAAAUAGACAGAGGAAUAGACAGACCACUCUUGGCACUCAUAUGACCUUAUGCAGGUGGGAGCGCCGUAAAACUUCUACUAAAAAAAUUUUUUUAAAGUGUCACUCUUUCACCUAAGGCUCGAGGCAGACCACACAAAACUUGUCUGGAUGACGGUAAAGAGGUCCUCCAAAGGAAUAACAUAACAACAACAACAAAAGCCUUCCACCUCGCCCUUGACCGAAAGAAUUGUCCUUCCCCUGGUCAUGAAAUGAUACGAGAGUGAGAAACAAAGUAAAAGUAAAGUAGAGCUCUUUCUCCUGCCUGAUGUCACUGCGGUUUUAUGAAAAACAAAUUCUGAAAUUAUGCAAACUGAGCCCAAAAAUAUGAAAUUAUGCAAUUCUGUUAAUGUUGUUAAUCUGUCCUGUAGAAGCAUUCAUUGUAAGGUAAGUAUUUAGACGUCUAGAUGAAUGUAGGCUUCUGUAUUUUUUAAUUUUAACUAAGAUUGAUAAAGGAAAAUAAUCAGAAAUUGUGCAAAAAAUGAUCAAAUUUUUCUAAAUUAUGCGGGGUGCGUAAAACCUCGGGGACAGCCUGCCUGUUAGAAGAUAUUCCCAGAUGCUACUUUUCCUUCAGCCACGUACCCCUUGUGGGUGUUGUUCCACUCAGUCUGUGCCAGGUAGUGUACGACAUUCUAGAACCUUCCAUUCUUGUUCAACAAAUAAAUUGUGCGAGUUACAUUCGCAUUUUUUUUUUUGCGUGUUCACUGCCAGAUGUAUUUUUUCCUUUUUGUUUUGUGCAUGUAGCUGAGUGUGUUGUGUGACUGUUUCCUUCAUGUACCGGUGGCCUGACUUUGUGAACUUUGUCAUAGAGGACCCAAGCACUGUAGCCAGCACAUAGUGAGAUUGGUGGGUCAGGGAAAGCUUUCCAUUAUGUCUGUCCCCGUCGUUUAAUGCAAGAAAGACUCUGAUAUUAUGCAAACUGAGCCCAAAAAUGUGAAAUUAUGCGAUUCUGUUCAUUUCAACAAAGAAUGAUAAAGGAAAAUAAUAAAAAAAUGAUGCAAAAAAAUGAUCAAAUUUGGCUAAAUUAUGCGGGGUGUAUAAAAGCACGGGGACAGUUAUAUGUACCAACUUUGUUGAGCACAUGUUUUAAAUACAAAGAAUGUACAUGAUGUAGUAGAAUAACAUUCAGGGAGAAAAACAUUUUUUUGCUGUGUUCGCAUUUCUUCACUAUCUGUGCAUUUGAUAUAUAUAUGGAGUCUGAAGUCACUGUAGUUUAAUUUUCAGUUUUUCAUUAGUUUCGUUAAGAUCUAAUCUUGGGAAAGAUCGUCUUCUUAGACGCCAUUGUAAACAAGUGAGAGUUCCGUUCACGAACAGUGCAUAACUGGUUCCACAAUGACUUGACGAUCGGUUCUUUGGAGUCCGUUCAUCGAACGGGAUACCCAGCUUGUUUAUAUAUAUAUGUGCCUACUUGAUGGUAGUUUCUGUUUAUCUUAACAUCAUUAAAGGAUAAACAGAAAGUACCGUCAAGUAUGCACAUAUUAAAUGCACAGAUAGUGAAACGUGAACAUGAUGUUGUAGGUGGGUGGUUGGCGGGUGCUCUGGUGUGGUUUGCUCCUUCCUUCUUUCCUGAUUCCUAUCAGA